AUGCAUGACGAAGCCAAUGUUUCCUUGAUUGACAACAAACAAGAGAUUAUUAGCACUCCUGCAAAGAAUAUUGAUGAAUUCAAGGACAUGGAAACUAUUCCUCUGGUAGGAAAUCCAAGUCCAGCAAAAGAACCAGUUCCGGCAUUUCCACCGAUGAUUCAAUAA